CGUGUGUGGUGAGCACCAUACUGCACCGACGCCAGAUCCGCCCACACCUCAGGGCACGGGUCAUCCAGCGCUGGAUAGACAUCGCUCAGGAGUGUCGCAUGCGUAAGAACUUCUCCUCACUGCGCGCCAUCGUGUCUGCCCUGCAGUCCAACCCACUCUACAGACUGAAGAGGUCCUGGUUCUGGGUGCCCAAAGACAGCAUGUCUACAUUUGGGGAGCCAUCAGACAUCUUACAUCACAAACUCUACCUGACCAGCCGAGAGCUGCUGAUGAGAGAGGGCACCUCUAAGUUUGCCAAUCAGGUAGGCUGUGCUAAGAAGCACCAGAAAUGCACUCGCAAACAACUCCAGAUGAAAAUAGAAAUGGGUGCCAUGCAGGGGACGAUACCUUACCUGGGCACCUUUCUGACAGACCUGACCAUGCUUGAUACUGCCCGGCCAGACCUAGUAGAGGAGUUUGAGGUGAUGGCUCAGAUCAAGCUGCUGCAGUCUGCGUGUAACAGCUACUGUCUUAGUGCUGAUGCUGCCUUCCUGCGCUGGUUCAAGAACCAGCCCCAACACAGCGAUGAGGAGGAGAGCCAUGCCAUGUCUUGUGACAUUGAAGGAGUGGGAGACAGACGUACAACUUUAUGCAAACUUUGCAAGGGCAUUGUCAAGAGACUUAGCCAACAGUUGCGCACAAGACCGUUGCACUCCCUGACGCCCAUGUCCCCUUCACCCCCCGCCUACAACACCCAGGCCCAGGACGCCUGCAUCAUCAGACUCAGCCUGGAGCAGGGCAACGGCAACCUCUACAAGAGCAUCUUGUUGACGAGUCAGGAUAAGACUCCAGCAGUGAUCUCUAGAGCUGUGGCCAAACACAACCUGGAGAGUGAGCCUGGGGAGGGAUACGAGCUGGUGCAGGUCAUCUCUGACAAAAGAGAACUGGUGAUUCCUGACAAUGCCAACGUGUUUUACGCCAUGAACACCUCGGCCAACUUUGACUUCCUGCUGCGUGUGCGAGGCACGGCCGGGUGGCCUGUCCAGCUGAGUCGUCGCUACGCCUCCACACUCCCCUGCGCCCAACAGCAUGCCAGCCUGCGCCUCAGCAAGGCGGAGGGGGACCGGCUGCCUCCCGGCCACACGGUGAUCCAGCUAGAAACCUGUAAGAUCCGGUCUGGAACUCUGGAGCGGCUGGUGGAGACCAUGCUGACGGGGUUCCGGGGCAAUGACCUUGCCUACACCAGCAUAUUCCUGUCCACAUACCGCGCCUUCACCAGCACGCACACCGUGCUGCAGUUGCUGCUAGACAAGUAUGGAAUUCCAGAGGAUAGAGGACAGACUGAGCAAUGUAGACCCUUUGAAACCAAAGGAGCCAUUCGAACUGCCCUGGCCUCCAUCCUGCGAGUCUGGCUGGACCAGUGUCCAGAGGACUUCCAGGAGCCUCCAUCCUACCCCUGCCUCCAGAGGGUGAUGACCUACCUACAGAGGACCCUGCCUGGAUCAGAGCCCAUGCGUAGAGCCCAGAGUCUACUGGAGCAGCUGAAGGCCGAGGCCAGUCUGGAUCUAGACUCAGAGGGUUUCGACAGCAUACGCUCCUUCGGCCUGUGUGAGGAUGAGGAAGUGGAGAUUGAGGUCCGGGAAGACUUCAUGUCAUUUGAUGCAGAUUUGGUGGCAGAGCAGCUGACCUAUAUGGAUGCGUUGUUGUUCAAGAAGGUGGUUCCUCACCACUGCCUGGGCUCCAUCUGGUCCCAGAGGGAUAAGAAACAGAACAAGCACAGUGCUCCCACCAUCCGUGCCACCAUCACCCAGUUCAACGCUGUGGCAGCGUGUGUGGUGAGCACCAUACUGCACCGACGCCAGAUCCGCCCACACCUCAGGGCACGGGUCAUCCAGCGCUGGAUAGACAUCGCUCAGGAGUGUCGCAUGCGUAAGAACUUCUCCUCACUGCGCGCCAUCGUGUCUGCCCUGCAGUCCAACCCACUCUACAGACUGAAGAGGUCCUGGUUCUGGGUGCCCAAAGACAGCAUGUCUACGUUUGAGGAGCUAAGAGACAUCUUCUCAGAUCACAACAACUACCUGACCAGCCGAGAGCUGCUGAUGGGGGGGAGGGCACCUCUAAGUUUGCUAAGGAGCACCAGAAACACACUCUCACACAACUCCAGAUGAAAAUAGAAAUGGGUGCACUGCGGGGGACAUUACCUUACUUGGGUAACUUCCUGACAGACCUGACCAUGCUAGUUACUCGGAGUGCAAAUUACAGGCAUGAGCCCCUCCUUAAAAACAACAAUAAUUUGAACGAAACAAAAGCCAACAAGACGCAUCAACCUCACUGGAGAAAGCAGCCGAGCGAACGAAACGGCACCUGUCAUGCUUUUUUUGGGUGAGCUUUUCAACUUUGAGAAGGGGCGACAGACUGUUCCAGGGAGUUGACUCCUCAGCAGCCAGUUCCCCAUUGAGUGAAACACCUGGCCCGCCCUGCAUGUCACCUACAACACCCAGGCCUCCUGCAGCAUCCUACUAAGCCUGUUUUUAUGCCAUGAACACCUCAGCCAACUUUGACUUCCUGCUGCAUGUGCGAGGCACGGCGGGGCAGCCAGUCCAGCUGAGGAGUCGCUGUGCCUCCCCGCGCCCAGCAGUGCUCCAGCCUGUCCCUAUGCCUCAGCAAGCCCACCCUGUGCC